CACAGUAACCGUCCAAUCACACACACCAAGCUAAAGAUACCAUGCGCGUAAUUCAAUCAAAUCCUGAUGCUGCGCUUUUCCCACGAUGGGUUUUUGCGCUCCAAGUGACUUGCGUUUCACUGGAUUCACAAUCUAUAUUCCCCCGAGCGUAAACGUCACUCCCUCACAUUAAUUAAGGUUGGGCUACUUUUAUUAAGCUCAAGACUUAGACAAAUGCUGCGCCGUCGUUUUAAAUAACCCCCUUGAACAAAAGCUCCAUAAAAAUCUACAACAUUCAAUCUUACCCAAGCCCGAUUAUACAUCCACGUUUGACUGGUUUCAAAACUGAAAAAAACCACCCUAACCAAUCAAGAUUUGGAAGGAAAGCCAAGCUCAAGUAAGCUUUAUCAUUCUUUAUCUUUUGCUCAUCUUCUUCACCCCGAUAAAGCGCUCUCUUUCUCUCUCGUCUUUUACUACCGCUCUUUCCUUCUUCUUCGUGUCUGUGAAAAGAGCACUUUCUCUCUCUCCACAAACUUUUAUUUUUUGGUUUGCAGUGAGUCAGAGAGAAAACCAAUUUCUAGGGUUUUCAUUUUUUUUUUAAUUUCAGAAAGUUUUGGAUACAAAGAAAAUUUAUACAAAAUAAUUGUGAAACUUGUUUUUUCAUGGUGGUUUCGACGGUUGUUGUUGUUGUUCCUGUAUGUUUUCUUAUCAAGAAAUUUACUCCCAAACGGAAUAUUAACCCUCGAUUCUAAUGACUUUCAUUAGCAGUGAAUGGCUCGAUAUCACCCUCGCUUUCUCCAUUUAUUCACCUUCCUCUUCUAUACCACCAUUAUAUCUCUUUCAUCUUCGACCCUCGAAUCGGAUUUUUCGAUAAUCGAUUCGGAUUCGGAAGCUCUUUUGUUCCAUCAAGACUACUCUCCUCCGGCUCCUCCUCCGCCGCCUCCUCAUGCCCCGUCGGUAUCUUGCACUGACGAUCUCGGCGGGAUAGGUUCUCUGGAUUCUACGUGUAAGAUUGUGGCCGAUUUGAAUCUUACUCGUGACGUGUACAUAGAGGGAAAGGGUAAUUUCUAUAUCCUUCCCGGAGUUAGAUUCCAUUGCCCCUCUUUGGGCUGUUACGUAACCCUAAACAUCAGCGGAAACUUUUCCUUAGGCGAAAAUUCUACUAUAGUUACUGGUACUUUUGAGCUCACGGCUUAUAACGCUAGUUUUUUCAAUGGCUCGGCCGUGAACACGACGGGAUGGGCGGGGGACCCACCACCACAGACGAGUGGGACACCUCAGGGAGUGGAGGGAGCGGGCGGAGGUCAUGGGGGCCGCGGCGCGUGUUGCUUGGUGGAGGAUGGGAAGCUGCCGGAGGAUGUCUGGGGCGGAGAUGCUUAUUCAUGGUCAUCAUUGCAGGAUCCAUGUAGUUAUGGGAGUAAGGGAGGGACAACGAGUAAGGAGGUGGACUACGGAGGGGGAGGUGGUGGCCGGGUGAAAUUGCAGAUUAAAGGGUUGUUGGAGGUGAAUGGGAGCUUGUUGGCUGAUGGGGGUGAUGGAGGGAGUAAAGGAGGUGGUGGAUCAGGUGGUAGCAUCUAUAUUAAAGCUCAUAAAACGACUGGAAACGGCAGAAUAAGUGCUUGUGGAGGUAAUGGUUUUGGUGGUGGGGGUGGUGGAAGAGUUUCAAUUGAUGUUUUCAGCAGGCACGAUGAACCAAAAAUUUUUGUGCAUGGAGGAGUUAGUCGUGGCUGCCAAGAGAAUGCUGGUGCUGCUGGAACCCUUUAUGAUGCUUUGCCCCGGAGUCUUACCGUUAACAAUCAUGAUUUGUCAACGAAUACAGAUACUCUUCUUCUAGAGUUUCCUUAUCAGCCACUUUGGACUAAUGUGUAUAUUCGAAAUUGUGCCAGGGCUGCUGUUCCGUUGCUUUGGAGUCGUGUCCAGGUGCAAGGACAGAUAAGUCUACUAUGUGGAGGGAUGUUGAGCUUUGGGCUAGCACAUUAUGCAUCUUCAGAGUUUGAAUUAUUGGCAGAAGAACUGUUAAUGAGUGAUUCUAUAAUCAAGGUCUAUGGGGCUUUACGCAUGACUGUGAAAAUAUUCUUGAUGUGGAAUUCCAAAAUGCUAAUAGAUGGUGGUGAAGAUGCAACUGUUGCAACUUCAUGGCUUGAUGCUAGUAAUUUAGUUGUUCUCAAGGAAUCAUCAGUCAUACAUUCGAACGCAAAUCUGGGAGUACAUGGACAAGGUUUUUUGAAUUUAUCUGGACCUGGAGAUAAAAUUCAGGCUCAACGUCUGGUCCUAUCACUAUUUUACAGUAUUCAUGUUGGACCUGGAUCUGUUUUACGUGGUCCCCUAGAGAAUGCAUCAUCUGAUGCCGUUACGCCAAAGCUUUAUUGUGAGCUCCAAGAUUGCCCCAUUGAACUACUUCAUCCACCUGAAGAUUGCAAUGUGAAUUCGUCUCUGUCUUUUACGCUCCAGAUAUGCCGAGUUGAGGACAUCACUGUUGAAGGUCUUAUUAUGGGAUCUGUCGUUCAUUUCCAUCGGGCAAGAACGAUAUCUGUGCAGUCUUCUGGAAUAAUCAGUGCUUCUGGGAUGGGAUGCAUAGGUGGUGUGGGUAGAGGAAAUUUUUUAGACAAUGGUAUCGGUAGUGGCGGUGGCCAUGGUGGUAAAGGGGGGCUUGGAUGUUAUAAUGGUAGUUGUGUUGAGGGUGGUAUUUCAUAUGGGAAUUCAGAGUUGCCCUGCGAACUUGGUAGUGGAAGUGGAAACGAGAGCUCAGCUGAUUCAACUGCUGGUGGUGGUGUUAUAGUGAUGGGUUCCAUGAAGCAUCCAUUGUCAAGCUUGUCUGUUGAGGGUGCUGUGAGGGCUGAUGGAGAAAGUUUUGAAGAAACUGUCAGGAAACAAGAGUAUUCUGUUUCUAAUGAUUCAAGCAUAGCUCCUGGGGGUGGUUCUGGUGGUACUGUACUUAUGUUUCUGCACACAUUCACUCUUGGUGAGUCUGCUAUUCUUUCGAGUGUUGGAGGAUAUGGUAGUCACAAAGGGGGUGCUGGAGGAGGAGGUGGAAGGAUUCAUUUUCAUUGGUCAGACAUUCCCACUGGAGAUGUGUACCAGCCAAUUGCUAGUGUUAAGGGAAGCAUCUAUGCUAGGGGAGGAUUAGGAAGAGAUGAGAGUGGUGGUGGAGAAAAUGGAACUGUGACUGGUAAAGCUUGUCCAAAGGGGCUGUAUGGGACAUUUUGUGUGGAAUGUCCCGUUGGUACUUACAAGAAUGUUAGUGGAUCUGAUAGUUCUCUCUGUCAUCCUUGCCCUGCUUCAGAGCUUCCCCAUCGUGCCAUUUAUAUUGCUGUUCGAGGUGGUAUUGUUGAAACCCGUUGUCCUUACGAAUGCAUUUCAAACAGAUAUCACCUGCCGCACUGUUAUACAGCUCUUGAGGAGUUAAUUUACACAUUUGGGGGACCUUGGUUAUUUUGUCUUCUACUUAUGGGUCUCCUCAUCCUCUUAGCACUGGUGCUUAGCGUUGCGCGACUGAAAUUUGUUGGGGUUGAUGAAUUACCUGGCCCAGCUCCCACUCAGCAUGGCUCUCAGAUGGAUCAUUCUUUCCCAUUCCUGGAGUCAUUAAAUGAGGUAUUGGAAACAAACAGAGUUGAGGAGUCACAGAGUCAUGUGCACAGAAUGUAUUUCAUGGGACCUAAUACUUUCAGUGAACCUUGGCAUCUGCCCCACACUCCUCCAGAAGAAAUAAAGGAGAUUGUAUAUGAGGGUGCAUAUAAUACAUUUGUGGAUGAGAUUAAUGCAAUAGCUGCUUAUCAGUGGUGGGAAGGUGCAAUUUGCACCAUUCUUUCUAUUCUUGUGUAUCCCCUUGCUUGGUCGUGGCAGCAAUGGCGCCGAAGAUUGAGAUUGCAACGGUUACGUGAGUUUGUGCGAUCGGAAUAUGACCAUGCUUGCUUACGUUCUUGCCGUUCACGGGCUCUCUAUGAGGGGCUUAAGGUAUCUGCAACUUCUGAUUUAAUGCUGGCUUAUGUGGACUUCUUCCUCGGUGGUGAUGAAAAGAGAACAGACCUUCCUCCUCGCCUACCUCAAAAGUUUCCUAUGGCUAUAAUUUUUGGGGGUGAUGGAAGUUAUAUGGCUCCAUUUUCCCUUGAAAAUGAUAACAUUCUUACCAGUCUUAUGAGUCAGCUGGUGCCCUCAACUACUUGGUAUCGACUGGUGGCUGGUUUGAAUGCGCAAUUACGGUUGGUUUGUCGUGGAAGGCUGAGAGUAACAUUUCGACCUUUCCUUCAAUGGCUUGAAACGCAUGCUAAUCCUGCUUUGAGAAUCCAUGGUGUACGCGUUGAUCUUGCCUGGAUUCAGGCUGCAUCUGGGGGUUAUCGCCAUUAUGGACUUUUGGUAUAUUCUAUUGAAGAGGAAAAUGAAUCUAUAUCCUUGGGAAAUACUGAUGGAGGAGUCAGAACUGAACUUUCUUGUCUGAAGACCACACGCAUGCAAAAUCAAUCUGGUUAUCGAAGAGAAGAUGCCUUUUUAAAACAAGGUCACCGAAGCAGUGAAGGUUUUGCAAGGCGGAAGAGGAGUUACAGAGGGCUUAUAGAUACUAACAGCUUACAAAUGCUUGAAGAGAAGAGAGAUAUGUUUUACCUUCUCUCUUUCAUAGUCCAUAAUACUAAACCAGUUGGUCACCAGGGUGUUUCCUUUCUUUGUGGGUAUAUUCACUAUAACAGUCAUUUGUCAUCAAGUAAAAGGAUCCCAAACCUUCAGCCAUGGAAUAUUAACAUGGAGGAAAGUGAAUGGUGGCUUUUUCCAGCUGGACUGGUUUUGUGUAAACUUUUCCAAUCACAACUUAUAAAUUGGCAUGUUGCGAAUCUAGAGAUUCAAGACCGCUCACUAUAUAGCAAUGAUUUUGAGCUAUUUUGGCAGUCAUGACCAUCAUCUCAAAGAGAAUACUUACACGUUAACAAGGUUCUUUUCUUCAGUUUUUUACUGUUCUAUUUUUGUAUGUAACUUGAGAGUAACAAGUGAGUUCUUGACACGGUUAGAAAUAGAAACAAAGGGGAAAAAUCUAAAGAAGAAUAUUAGAGAAAUGAGAAUGGCAUUCAUUCUUGUAAGUUCUCAGGAUUUUCCUUUUAAUUUUUGGGACUUCCAAUGUAAAUAACGAAUUGGGGUACCCAAAUGCUUUAGAGAAUUCAUUUGCAUAUUCAUUUCGAGCUAAGUUGAUAUUGUUCCACCAUUUGAAGCUUCUUAUUGGACCGGUCGUUCUUGCAAGUUAACAUAAUUGAGAAGCAUACUUUUGAAGUUGACUG